UCAACAGGAAUCUUAAUCUAUACCUCCUCUCUUUUUCUUCUACUACUGCUCAUUUGUCUUCCAUAUGAUGGAGACAUGGUCAAGAUAAAGAAGAGGAGGAGAAAGAAGAACAAGGAGGAGAAAAGAGAUAAGUCUCUGAAGCCACAGGAAUGCUGGGGGUUGAUCAGGAAACUACACCACCACCUGCUGCCAUAUCAAAAAAGAAACAGUUGCUCUCGACUGCUAUGAAGAGAACUAGUGAAUGGAUACUAUCCCAGGAGAUCCCCAGUGAUAUCACCAUCCAUGCUGGAGGAUCCACUUUUGCCUUACACAAGUUCCCUCUGGUCUCCAAGUGUGGUUAUAUACGGAGGUUGGUCUCCGAAGCCAAUGACUCAAACAUGUCAGUCAUUGAAAUCCCAGAUGUUCCCGGUGGUUCUGAAGCAUUUGAAUUGGCAGCAAAGUUUUGUUAUGGGAUAAAUUUUGAGAUCACCAUGGAGAACAUUGCUAUGCUUCGGUGUGCGGCGGAGCACUUAGAAAUGACAGAGGACUAUGCAGCUGGAAACCUAGUGAAUAGAACAGAGGACUAUUUGGAGGAAGUAGCAUUGCUGAGCCUCUCAGGUGCAGUCACUCUCCUACAGAAAUCAGAGGACCUUCUUCCCAUGGCUGAGAAAGUAAAACUAGUAAGCAGGUGCAUCGACGCCGUAGCCUAUAUAGCCUGCAAGGAUAGCCAAUUCUGUAUAUCCUUGAGGACUGAAAGUAGCCAUGAGAACUUGACUUCUUCAGGAUUACAACCUAAAGCAAUUGUGGAUUGGUGGGCAGAGGAGCUAACAGUCUUGAGGAUAGAUACCUUUCAAAGAGUUCUCAUGGCAAUGAAGGCUAGGGGCUUUAAACAGUAUGGUCUUGGACCGGUAAUUAUGCUCUACGCACAGAAGUCUCUGCGUGGUUUGGACAUAUUUGGAAGAGAGAGGAAGAAAAUUGAUCCACGACAAGAGCACGAGAAAAGGGUAGUGUUGGAGACAAUUGUCAGCCUUUUGCCGAGGGAAAGGAAUGCAAUGUCGGUCAGCUUUCUCUCUUUGCUUCUAAGAGCAGCAGUAUAUCUCGAGACAACUGUGGCUUGCCGGCUUGAUCUAGAGAAGAGGAUGGGCUUGCAAUUAGAACAGGCAGUAUUGGAUGAUCUGUUGAUCCCUUCAUUUUCCUUCAAUGGUGACACAAUGUUUGAUGUUGAUACAGUUCAAAGGAUCUUUGUGAACUACCUCGAACAUGAGGUAGAUGGAAACCACUUUGGUUAUAACACAGAUGAUGAUUAUGUUUCUUCACCACCUUGUGACAUCGGGCGGGUUGGAAGGCUUAUGGAGGGCUACCUUGCCGAGAUUGCUUCUGAUCACAAUUUGACUAUUGCAAGGUUCAUUAGCCUUGCUGAAUUGAUUCCAGAGCAGGCAAGAGUCUUCGAAGAUGGAAUGUACAGAGCGAUUGAUAUAUACUUGAAGGCUCAUCCAUCUUUGAGUGACAUGGAAAGGAAAAAGGUCUGCAGCUUGAUGGAGUGCCAGAAGCUAUCGAGAGAGGCUUGCGCCCAUGCAGCUCAGAAUGAUAGGCUUCCGGUGCAGAUAGUUGUUCAGGUGCUUCAUCAUGAGCAGCAACGCCGUAGAGAUGUGAUGAGUGGAAACUUUUCUGGUGGAGAAUCUCCUGCUCUAUCCCAGAAAGCAACUCCAUUUGGUGUUGGAUAUCAUAAUGCCCCGGAUGAGCUCUCGCGCUUGCGAAGAGAAAAUGCUGACCUGAAACUGGAAUUGUUCAGAAUGCGAAUGCAGUUAAAAGAAAUCGAAAAAUCUUCAGGAAAUAUAACUUCUGCAGGCAAGCCUCCAUUGCCAAAGAAGUCAUUCAUUAAUUCUGUAUCGAAAAAGCUUGGGCGCCUUUACCCCUUCAUGCGUUCUGACAGUGUAAAACCUCCCUCCGGCAAAAGAAUGACAAAGCCACACAAAGAUCGGAGGCAUUCAAUCUCUUGAUACAUAAUUCUGGUUAAAUGCUGUAUAUGUUUCACUUCUUCAAAUCGCUUGGACAAAAGUUGUGUUUGCUUCGUGUAAGGCAUGAAAGAUGAGGGGUUAUCUGUUCUCUCUCUCUUGUUUCAUGUAAAUCAGUUUCAGUAGACAUUGAUCUUUCACUAGAUGCCAUGGUGUGGAGAAAAUGGAAGCUAAUGUUCUUGAAUUAUGUAAAUUUUUUUUGUUGUAUGUACAUAAGAAAAUGCUAUAAUUUCCUUGAUAUUAUCCUGCACAUUUGCUCU